AAUCUUUUCAUCUUUUCGGUUGUGUUCCUCAGCAUUACCAACAUAAUCAAUGCUGGAAUUACAAGCGAAUAUGUUCGACAAGCUGAACCGUCGAUUGAGAUGCCUCUUGAAACAUUCCCUCCUCCGGCUGGUUACAAUGCUCCUGAACAGGUUCAUAUAACGCAGGGAGAUCACAACGGACGUGGCGUGAUCAUCUCGUGGGUUACACCGAUAAAUCUAGAUGGUGCCAACGUCGUUACUUACUGGAUCGCCGGCAACGACAGCGACGUGAUACCUGCAAAGAAGAAAGCUCAAGCCUCCACGAAGUCUUACAGAUUCUAUGACUAUACUUCUGGAUUUCUUCAUCACGCCACAAUUAAAGGACUUGAGUAUGACACUAAGUACAUCUAUGAGGUUGGUACCGAUCGAUCUGUUAGACAAUUCCACUUCACAACUCCCCCGAAGGUUGGACCAGAUGUUCCAUACACAUUCGGGAUUAUUGGUGAUCUUGGACAAACCUAUGCAUCUAACGAGACGUUGUACCACUACAUGUCGAACCCUAAAGGUCAAGCCGUUCUCUUUGCCGGAGACUUGUCUUACGCUGAUGACCAUCCAAACCAUGACCAGAGAAAGUGGGAUUCUUGGGGAAGAUUCAUGGAGCCUUGCGCUGCUUACCAGCCUUUUAUCUUUGCCGCCGGGAAUCACGAGAUUGAUUUCGUUCCCAACAUCGGUGAGCCUCACGCCUUCAAGCCGUACGAGCACCGUUACCCUAACGCCUACAAAGCCUCAGGGAGCACAUCUCCUCUUUGGUACUCAGUUAGACGCGGUCCGGCUCAUAUCAUCGUUCUCUCCUCUUACUCUGCCUACGACAAAUACACGCCGCAAUACAUGUGGCUCGAGCAGGAGCUGAAGAAAGUGAACAGAGAGGAGACUCCAUGGUUGAUUGUUAUUGUUCACUCGCCAUGGUAUAACAGUAACAACUACCAUUACAUGGAAGGAGAGAGCAUGAGGGUAAUGUUUGAGUCGUGGCUUGUUAACAGCAAGGUUGAUUUGGUUUUGUCUGGUCAUGUCCAUGCUUAUGAAAGAUCCGAACGUAUCUCCAAUGUUAAGUAUAAUAUUACCAACGGUUUGAGCACUCCUGCCAAAGAUCCCAAUGCUCCAAUUUACAUCACGAUCGGUGAUGGAGGAAACAUCGAAGGAAUCGCUAAUAGUUUUACUGAUCCACAACCAAGCUACUCAGCAUAUAGGGAAGCGAGUUUCGGUCAUGCACUUUUGAAGAUUAAGAACAGAACUCAUGCCCUUUAUACAUGGCAUAGGAAUCAAGAUAAUGAACCUGUUGCAGCCGAUUCCAUCAUGUUGUAUAACAGACAUUUUUUCCCAAUGGAGGAAGUUUCAGGCAACAUUAGUGUCUAA